AUGCUUCCAGCUCCACCCACACAUUCAGCUGGCAGGGAGUGCCCCUUCUGCACCAUCGCCCACACAUACCCGCCUCUCCCACUCACCACGUUCCUCCGCCAACAACCAGAUCCCAAGAAUGAUGGCGUGAAUGCCCCAGCGACAGCGACAGGGACAGCCCAUCUUCUCCUCUCCACCCCCUCCCUCCUCGCGUUCCUGGAUAUCAUGCCCCUAACUCGAGGACACAUCCUCCUCGCCACGCGGGAGCACUAUGAGAAGUUGAGUGAUGUGCCUGUUACCGUUGGGAAGCAGAUCGGUCAAUGGCUUCCCCUCCUUUCACGGGUGGUGAUGCGCACGCUCUUCGGAGUAUCUGAUUCUCUGGAUGCUACUACUGCGGAGUGGAAUUGGAAUGUGGUGCAGAAUAAUGGUUAG